GGAGUUGUGUACGGCUACGGCCCACUGGGCAUGAUCGUCCCAACAGAACGACGGUGGAACCCUGGUCUCCUCCCUCUUCACCCGCACCUGCACUGCAGCACACGCGCCGCCGAAGCGCUCUGCCCACCUCGCUCCCCUCCAGUGGCCGCCGGCGCGGCUCAGCGGUCCAUCCUCCUGACGCCACCUGCAACGGCGCCAGGCGGUGAUCCAUUCCAACUCGCGGUCAUCUCAAGUGGGUGCGGCAACCAUGCCCAAGGUUAAGAAUCCCCACGUUUUCAUGGACAUAUCAAUCAGUGGAGGCAGCGCCGAGAGGAUCACAUUUGAGCUACUCGCAAAUGUAGUUCCAAAGACAGCGGAGAACUUCAGAGCACUCUGUACUGGUGAAAGUGGACUUGGGGCAUCUACACAGAAACCACUCUAUUAUAAGGGAACACAUAUUCAUCGCAUAGUUAAAGGGUUUGUUGUUCAGGGUGGUGAUUUUUCAAGAGGAGAUGGAAAAGGUGGAGAGAGCAUUUAUGGUGGAAAAUUUCCAGAUGAAAACUUCAGAUUACUGCACAAUCAGCCUGGUGUUCUGUCCAUGGCAAAUUCCGGCCCAGACACCAAUGGGUCACAGUUUUUUAUUACAUUCAAGGCUCUACCUCAUCUUGAUGGCAAACAUGUGGUCUUUGGGAAGGUGGUCAGUGGAAUAGCUUUGCUUAAAAAGCUUGAAGCAGUUGGUAGUGAAACUGGAAAUCCUUCUUAUCAAGUGAAAAUUGUAGACUGUGGUGAAGUUUCCAACACAAAUUCUCCGGAUCUGCUAAAGGGAGAGAAAGAAAAAAAACUAAGAACGGCAGAUGGUAACUCCACUGCUGAAGGGAGAGCCAAAUUAAAAAAAACAUCCGGUGAUCAUAAGCAAAGGAAGAAGAGAAAACACUAUUCGUCUGAUUCAUAUAGCUCAGAUACUUCAGACUCAUUGUCCUAUUCUUCAGAUAGUGGCUCUGAUUCAGAAUCAGAUUCAUCAAUGGAUACUAGCUCAUCCAGUGAUCAUAGGCGUAAGAGAAGAAAAGGAUCUAAGAAGGAUAAGCGCAAGCCCACAAAGAGAAAGGGUAAACAUACAAGGAGUAAGAGAAAGAGUAGAGGAUCCAAAAGGCGAUCUAGACGGAGCCAUGGGAGUUCAAGUGAUGAUUCAGUAAGCUCAAAGACAGAUAACAGCAGUUCUGACAGUGAAAAGGGUGGCCAUCAUACCAAGCGUUCCUUGCCGAAAGCAGAUAAAGAGAGUACCAAAAUGACAAUUUCAGAACAAGGAAGAACUUUUCAAGAAGCGGACAAAGACGAACAAACAGUUACUACCAUCAAUCGAUCACAAUCACAUGAUGGAAGUAAACCCUCAAACAAAGAUGGCAACAGGGCUGAUGAAAGAUCUGGAAAUUACAAUUCAGAAGAUAGGAAUGGUCCAGGUGGAAGCUCCAGGAACAAUCCCAUUCAGGUUGAUGUAAAUUUAACGAAACCAGUAAAUGUAGAUGGCAACACUGGUGGUGAUAAUGCAGAGGCUGGCAUGUCUAGAACUGGUGAAGGAAGGCACCUUCCAAGCAAUGAUUCUGUGUCCACCAAUGGUAAAGAUUUAGGUGUGGGUUCUGCAGACAAUGGGCAACCUCAACGAAUCAGGAAAGGACGUGGUUUUACUCAGAAGUAUGGGUAUGCACGCCGAUACAGGACGCCAUCUCCCGAGCGUCCCCCUGUUCGACCCCGCUACGAUGGAGGGAGAGAUGAUAGAUGGAACAAUUUCAAUAGGUAUGAAAGAAAUGGUCCUUACAGUAGACGCUCGCCAGUAAGGAGAUACCAUGGCUCGCCAAGAGCCAAUAGCCCAUCCAGGUACCCAAGAAGAGAACGAAUGAGGAGUAGGUCACGCAGCCCAGUGAGGCGCCAUGACCGUGGAGGGUAUCACCGCCCCAGCCCAAGACGUAGCCGCAGCCCUGCAGAACCGAGACAGAAUGUGAAUGAUAGGCCUCGAUCAGGUCAUGGCGGAGGCGAUCCUGACCACAGCCCUCCUGCCAACAGGUCCAGAUCGAAGAGCCGGGACCCCUUGGGACCCAGAUCUCCUGAUGCUGCCCCAGCCAAGAGGGAGAGCUCCAGAUACAACCGCAGGCGCAGCAGCAGCUCAAGGUCCAGCAGCCCUGAUGGAAACAAAGGCCUGGUUUCGUACUGAGAAGUAACGGCACAACAGUUUGCAGGCUCCAUGGACCAUGUUUCUUGCUAGUUUAGCAUCAUGUACUCUUUUGUAAUGGAUUCUGAACUUGAACUGCUUUCGAUGCAGGUGUAGAUUUAUAUGUUCUGUUAGAUUUGAAUGUUUCUUAUGCCAGAUAUUUAUAGAACUACUGAGUAGAGCAGGGGAAAGGCUCGAGCCUCGUGAACUGGCUUGAGCUUGCUAAGGCUUGGAGAGGCUCGCGAGUUUGUAAGCCUGAAUCGAGACUACUUUUAUGACUCGCUCAAACGCCGAGCCCUGAGCGAACUUGAGUCGACUCGGGAGUCUGCCUAAUAAUAUUGUGCUACGUUGUUAUAUUA